AUGGAAGUCUGCACCAACGAGAACGUUAACUGUGCGGUUGCGAGUGAAGAUUUAUCGUGGGCAUUGCAAAUUGGCGAUCUUGACACGGUCAAAGAACAGUUGCAGAGACUUGCUAAAGAAAACGGGGAUUGGGAUAUAAACAAUGUUUCAAAUGGAAGAACUAUGUUACAUAAGGCUUGUGAUUAUGGUCAUUUGGAUAUUGUCGAAUAUUUAAUUCAAAAUGGUGCUGAUAUAAAUAAGAAGGAUAAUUUCGGUAUUACUCCAUUGCUGUGUGCCCUGUGGGAAAAUCAUUUCAAAGUUGCCAAGUAUUUAAUUGAUAAAGGAGCAAUUACAAAUUUAUUAACACCACAAGGAUUGAAGUACUAUGAAUGCAUUGAAGAUUCUGAGAUGAUAAACUUAUUAAAGCGACUAGAAACUCAAUAA